GGAGUUACGAUGCCAGUUGUUGCGAAACUUCCUAUCUGCAUCCUGGGACCGUUGCAAAAACACGUUUAAAAACGGAAUUUAUCGCGGAUAUUGUCAACAUGGAAGAAGAAGCAGCAGUUGUGGAGGAAGGCAUCAGUGGAUCUCAGAGCCCCCUGGUCGCAAUCCACUUCCAGAAAGACGUCAACAGGAAACUGAAGUACCUGGAGGCUGAACCCAAAGCUCUGGGGAUCACUCAGAUUGGCCUGAGUGUGUUUCAGAUCACCUGUGUGGGUGUGUUUCUGUCCAAAAACCUGAGUAACAUAAGCAUCGACAUUCCUCUCUUCAUUUCAUGUCUACUGGUGAUAAUAGCUGGGAGUUUGGCUGUAGCAGCUCAGAACCUCCAUCUGCCAACUCUGAGGGCCUGUUUGGGGAUGCAGAUUGUGGCCUGUGGUGCCUCCAUCGUCGGCAUGAUCUGCUCUCUGGCUAAAAUGGAUGGUUCGCCCAAUAUGUGCUGGCAUUAUGACCAUAAUGAGAACACCACCUCUUUUCGCAUAGACUGCCAUUACAUUGAGAGCAUCCUUUCACACUUUUGUGCAGAGUGUAUAGUCAUUCAUGUAGUACUGGUGGCCAUCUCCGUCACUCUGGCCGCCUACUGCUGCAAGGUGGUCAACUGCUGCUCGCCAGCUCCAAGAGUACCUGUGAUCAUUGUACAAGCGCCCCCUGUCCAACAGUGAGGAGACAAAGUGGACAAGCUCAGAAGACAGAUGUUACAGCUACAUACAAAUGCUACACAAAUUUAAAGCUGCACUUUUUGUAUUAACAAUGCAUCAAAUGACUAUGUGUUAUGUGAAAGGGGUUGGUUGUAGUGACAAACCCACAAAGAGUCUGCAGUUCCCCUCAGCUCGUUGUUUUGGUUCUCCGCGCUGCUAUACUUAUCAACCUCAUUAUCAGCCACUGCACGCUCCCUGCACAGCAGCAAACAGCAGACAGACGCAGUUUGAGACUAGCUGGUGAACACAGUGGAGUGUUUAGCGGCGAGAGAGACAGAUACUUUUCCCAGGAGUUGGUGGAGACCAAAGCAGAGCUAAAAGGAGAGUGAAUAUGGAACUUGCAUUCAUCAGGUGGACACAAACACGACUGAAUGCUAAUGUUGGUGCCUGAUGGAUGUGUAAAUAUCCAAAUGUUUUUCUAACAUAUUUGUCAUAACCACUUUAUAAGGUGAGAAUAUAUGAAUUAUGUGCUUCCAGCUUGUUUCACUGCAAGUGGUGAAAAUUAAAUCAAUAAAUGCAGCUUGAAGAAAGAA